GUUGCGGGAGGUUCGAACAAAAGAUUCAAAUCAGAAGUCAUUCAAACUGGUCUGCAAAUCGAAUGUAGAUGUGCUUUGUCUGUGGAAGGCUCGGGUGAAUAAGUCCAGAGGGCGUGAUGAUUUGUGGGAAGUAACUGAAUGGACUGACCAACACACUUGCAUGCAACAGGUCGACAGAAAUGACCACAGAAACGUGACCGCCCAUAUGAUUGCGAAUCUUAUAAUUAAUAAGAUUCAGAAGAAAGUGGAGUACAACGUUAACAUGGUCCAGGCUAAUGUGAAGUAUUGUUGGAAAGUCGACGUCAAUUACAAGAAGGCAUGGCACGGCAGGAAAAAAGCAAUUGAGUGUGUGUACGGCAGUUGGGAGUCGAACUUUGCAGAACUCCCUCA